AAACUAACUACCGAGUUUUGGUUGAGAUUAUGAAUGGUCAAGCCAGCUACUCUAUUUGAAGGAAUAAGUCAAGUGUGUAGUCACAACGAAUUUGAAGUAUGUAGUAUUAACUGAAAAGCUUAACAAAAUAAAGAGAUCAACAUUGUAAAAUAAUAGCGAACGGUAGUGUCGUGUAACAAUCGUGUUUCUUCUGACUGGAUAUCAAAAUGUGGCAAAAAAUAGCUGGAUUUAUUGUCGUGGUGCUCGGAAUAAUCUACGUCAGGCAACGGAAAAGAACAUAUACCAGGGAGCUCGCAAAUGAUCAAUAUGAUUACAUAAUAGUUGGUGCGGGAACAGCAGGCAGUGUUCUGGGUGGAAGGUUAAGCGAGGAUAAAAAUGUUUCCGUCUUGGUUUUGGAAGCUGGAGGCGAGGAGGAUACUCACCCUGAAAUAGAAAUUCCACUUGGUUGUGGAGGCCUCCAGAACACGCAUCUAGAUUGGCAAUACCGCACUGUACCUCAGAAACACUCUUGCUUUGGUUACCACAAUAAUCAAAGCAGAUGGCCCCGGGGUAAAGUGUUAGGAGGGUCGGGAAUGCUGAACUACAUGCAGUAUUAUAGGGGGCACCGACAGGACUAUAACCAGUGGGAAAAGUCCGGGUGUACUGGGUGGGGCUGGCAGCACGUUCUGCCAUAUUUCAAACGUUCGGAGAAUAUGCAGUCUGAAGCAGACAUGAACUCAGACCUACAUGGUACUGAUGGGCCUAUCAAGGUGAAUCGUAUUCAGGAGACGCAGCUCGCGAAUUCUAUACUAAAUGCAUUCUCUCAAAUAGGCCUACCCAUCCGCGACCCAAGCGCAGAGUCAGUGGAAGGGGUUGAUUACAUGAAGGCAACCGUAGAUGAUGCUGGCUAUAGAUCUAGUACAUUGAGGGGAUUUCUCAGACCUGCGAUGCACAGGGAAAAUCUUCAUGUUGUGACGCAAGCACACGUCACGAAGAUUAUUUUCGAGGGGACGACAGCUGUGGGUGUUGAGUACGUGAAAAAUGGAAAGACACACCAGGUGACUGCGAGAGAAGAGGUAGUGCUGUCAUCGGGAUCGAUAAAUUCCCCACAGUUGCUCAUGUUAUCUGGUGUCGGACCAAAGCACCACCUCGAAGAACUAAAUAUUCCAGUAGUAGCAGAUCUUCCGGUUGGUGACACAUUGCUUGAUCAUUUGUUUGCUGAGUUUGUGCAAUUUAGUGUAAGGGAGCCACUUGGCCUGACGUUUGACCGAGCUACUAGCUUCAGCCAGAUAGUGAAGUUUCUCGCUAGGGGAACAGGAUAUCUUCGUAUCCCAGGAGGUCAAGAGGUGGUUGCAUUCUCCAAAUCUCGCCAUCAACCCGAAGAUGAGGAGCGGCCCUACUUACAGUUUUUAGCCUUUUCUGGUAUGUGGGGUAUGCAACCUGGUGUAGAUGACGCCAUAAACAAUGUUGGAUGGACGCCAGAGACGUUUGAUGCCUUAUAUGGUGCUAAUGACAACCGUGAUGGUCUUGGUAUCCUGCCUGUCCUCCUGCGUCCUAAGAGUAAAGGGACUUUGAGGUUAAAUACCACGGACCCAUUAGAUCACCCAAUUAUUGAUCCAAACUAUUUAUCGGAUAUAGAAGACGUAGAACAUUUAAUAGAUGGCAUAGAGCAGUUGAGACGUUUAGUGAACACAUCGGCGUUUCAAGAAAUAGGUGCUGAAUUAUACGAUCCCGUGACGCCCGGAUGUGCAGCGUAUCCUUACGCAACGAGGUCCUAUUGGGAAUGCUUCGUGCGUCACCAUGCAGCCACCCUGUACCACCCGGUAGCCACUUGCAAAAUGGGCGGCUCUGAUGAUGAAACUGCAGUGGUUGAUCCAAAAUUACGUGUGCGGGGGUUAAGAAAUCUCCGUGUUAUAGACGCUUCAGUUAUGCCAACUCUUCCAUCGUCAAAUACCAACGCACCAACCAUAAUGAUUGCUGAACGCGGGGCAGACUUUAUUAAGGAAUCUAGGUCUUGCAGGGUGCGGUCUUCAUUAUGUGAACAGUAAACCAUUCCUAUUUGUUCGCAGAAUUCCUUUCUGUUAUUAACAUUAACAAGGUAUUAUCAUGCAAAAUGUCACCACC